AUGGCGCCCAGAUACCAGGUGAAGACCAGCAUGAAGGGUUUGGAGCAGGAGCUGCAGUGUCCCGUGUGUAAGGGUCUGGUGAAGCAGCCUGUGGUGCUGCCCUGUUUGCACAGUGUCUGUCUGCUGUGUGCGUCUGAGGUCCUGGUGCAGAGCGGCUACCCACCACCUGACCUGCCCCCGGAGCCUUACUCUCCCGCCUCUACCCCAAACACGCGCUCCCCACGACAGGCGCGCAGGCCUCUGCCCAAAACAGAGCGCAUUGACCGCACUGCCCUCAAACAAGGUUUUGGCACGUAUCCUGGACGGAGGCGGAAGGACGGUGCUCCCCAGGUCAUGCUGUUCCCCUGUGUGCCCUGUGGACGAGACGUGGAGCUGGGGGAGAGAGGACUCGCUGACUGCAUGAGGAACCUCACGCUAGAGCGCAUUGUGGAGAGAUACAGACACUCAGUGAGUCUCGGCAGUGUGGCAGUCAUGUGUCAGUUCUGUAAACCCCCCCAGCCUCUGGAGGCCACUAAAGGCUGCGCAGACUGCAGGGCCAGCUUCUGUAACGAGUGCUUCAAACUCUACCACCCAUGGGGAACGCCGCGGGCCCAACACGAACAUGUGCUACCCACCCUAAACUUCAGACCCAAGGUUCUCUCGUGUCCAGAGCAUGACCAGGAGAGACUUCAGUUCUAUUGUAAAACGUGUCAGAAGCUGCUCUGCUCUCUCUGUAAGCUACGCCGUAUCCAUGCAGGUCAUAAGGUCACCCCUGUCACUCAGGCCUACCAGACCCUCAAGGACAGGAUCACCAAGGAGCUGAACUACAUCCUCUCCAAUCAGGAUACAGUUCUCUCUCAAAUCACCCAACUGGAUAGUGCUGUCACUCAGACUGAGGUGAACGGUGUGGCAGCGCGUGAGCAGAUCUCUCAGUGUGUGAGAGAGUUGAGUGCUGUGCUGUCAGAGCGCCAUGGUGUGUUGGCCCAGGCUCUGGAGAGUUCGAGACAGAGACGGAAUGAGGCGUUAGCCAAUCAGGUGGCAGAGAGACAGAACCUGCUGGAACACGCAGGACUGAUAGCCUUCUCUCAAGAGCUCCUUAAAGAGACAGAUCCAUCCUGUUUUGUUCAUGCUGCAAGGAUAACACACAACCGGCUUGCCCAGUCCAUCGAGUCUCUGCAGUGUUUCUCACUGGCAGCAGAUCCCUCGUUCCGACACUUCCAGCUGGAUGUGUCCAGAGAACUCAAGCUUCUUACUGAGCUCAGCUUCAUUCAGGCGCCUCUGGCCCCUGUGAUUGACACCCAGCGCACGCUGGCAUAUGACCAGCUCUUCCUGUGUUGGCGUCUGCCCCAGGACUCUACCCCUGCAUGGCAUUUCUGUGUGGAGUACCGUCGUCGGGGUGUGGCGCCAGGGGGCGGAGCCAGGGGCGGGGUCCACGGGGGACUGGCUGCAGCGCGCUGGGGCUGGCAGCGUCUGGAGGAGGUGAGCGGUACCAGUGCCAUCAUCGACAGGCUGGAGAUGGACAGCGUGUAUGUAUUGAGGGUGAGAGGCUGCAACAAGGCAGGGUUUGGAGACUACAGUGAAGAGGUGUACCUGCACACACCUCCUGCUCCAGUGUUAAAUUUCUACCUGGACUCGCGUUGGGGUGUGCACUCUGACAGACUGGUGGUCAGUAAGGAGCAGCGCUGUGUGCGCAGUGUGCCUGGCCUUUCUCUGCUCCAGGCCGCUCACAACUCCCUCACUUCCUGUCACCUGACCGCUGACCUUCUGGUGGGUGAUGUAGCCAUCACUCAAGGGCGACAUUACUGGGCGUGCUCGGUGGAGCCUGGCUCCUACUUGGUCAAGGUUGGAGUGGGUCUGGAGGCCAAACUGCAGGACUGGUUUCACCUACCCCAGGACAUGGCCAGUCCACGUUAUGAUCCAGACAGCGGUCAUGACAGUGGACUGGAAGAUUCAUCAGACUCUCCACCCCCGUUCUCCUUCCUCACCAUGGGCAUGGGCAAGAUCUAUCUGCCCCCCUCUGCCAACUCGCACCACAGUUACCACGGUAACGACUCAGGCAUCUCCAACGGCAACUGCCCCUCUUCACCCACCGGUGUCACCUAUCCACUGCCACCCAGGUUAGGGGUGUGUCUGGACUUCGAGAAGGGACGGGUCACGUUUUUGGACGCCCAUUCACUACGCCCCCUCUGGGAAGGGCCUGUGGACUGCUCUGGUCCUGUUUGCCCCGCCUUCUGCUUCAUUGGGGGAGGGGCUUUACAACUACAGGAGUUGGUGGCCAAUCACAAAGCAGAUCAGACACCUGUCAGGAGAGUGACCAUCCAACCCCGUACAGCUAAACUGAACAACUGA